GGGAAUCUGGUGGACAUGCCCAAUAUAUGAGGAAACACUAUGAGGCUUUCUGGCUUUCUACACGAUAUUCAGUCCCUUAUCUCCUGCUAGAAAAUGGUAUGACACUUGUUCUGUCUCCAGUUUCAAGCUGUUCCGUUGUUUCUGCUUAAGAGAUGGAGCUUCAAGGGAAGACACUGACAUUCAGAAAGUAUUUUAUAUUUUUCAUUGGACAAAUGUUCCUUGCAUCCAUUUUAUUUUCAUUCUAUAACUUUACAAAUCCCUCAACAGUAAACAAUGAAGUUUUACCUAUCAGUGUCCUCCAGGAACCCACUAAUAAAAGUAAGAUUAUUCUUGUUUGGACUUGGCCAUUUGGUGAUCGAUUUCCACUAAAUGAAUGUCCACCAUACAAUGAUAUUUCUGGGUGCAUUUACACAGAUAACAUAACAUUGUAUUCUUCUGCAGACGCAAUUGUUAUCCAUCACAGAGAUGUCUGUUAUUCUAAAAAACGGUUACCUCAGAUACCAAGACCACCAAAUCAGUACUGGGUAUGGUUUAACAUGGAGUCUCCAUCACACAGUCCAAACUUGGAUAUCAUGGAUAACCUCAUCAACCUCACAAUGUCUUACAGAGCUGACUCAGAUAUUUUCUCACCUUAUGGUUGGCUAGAGCCAAAUGAACAAGAAGAGAACUUUACAAUUCCUCCAAAGACCAAGCUGGUAGCCUGGGCAAUCAGUAACUGGAACCCACAUUCUAAAAGGGUGCAGUAUUUUCAGAAACUCAAGAAAUAUGUAUCUGUAGAUUUAUAUGGAAGGCAACAUUUAGAUCUGCCACGAAAUGAACAUGAAAACACAUUGUCCAAGUACAAAUUUUAUCUUUCCUUUGAAAACUCAAUUCAUGAGGACUAUAUAACAGAGAAACUCUGGAUGAAUGCAUUGACAUUUGGGUGUGUACCUAUUGUAAUGGGUCCUUCACGUCAAAAUUAUGAACGUUUUAUUCCCAAAGACUCUUUUAUACACGUUGAUGACUUCUCCACAGCAGAAGAACUCGCUAAAUAUAUAUUAAAGUUGGACAAGGAUGAGAAAGCUUACCAACAGUAUUUUACAUGGAGGUCCAGACUCCACCCAAUUGGACAUACCAAUUGGCAGACUCAUUAUUGUCGUGUAUGUAAAGCACUAAAAGAAGUUUCUGCACACAAAACAAUUUCAAGACUUAGAGCAUGGUACAAAUGAUUAUAGGAUUUGUUUUUUUUU